AUGCCUCCUGGUGACCUGAGACUCUGUAACAACUGCUACAAACAGGGGCAUCUCGCCGCAGACUGUACGAACGAGAAAGCAUGCAACAAUUGCAGGAAGACAGGGAACCUCACUCGUGAUUGCACAAACGAGCCUGUCUGCAAUCUCUGCAAUGUCGCAGGGCAUGUAGCUCGACAAUGCCCAAAGUCAGGAACGCUUGGUACCUUUGGAGGUGGCUUUGGCGCCGGUGGCUUUGGUGGUGGGUUUCGUGGUGGGUACCAAGAUGUCAUCUGUCGGAACUGCAAUCAGGUUGGGCAUAUGAGUCGGGACUGCAUGGGUGCUCUGAUGAUCUGCCAUAACUGUGGCGGAAGGGGGCAUAUGGCCUACGAGUGCCCAUCAAGUAGGUUCAUGGACCGUGGGUUCCGAAGGUACUGAAUGCCAUCUGCUUUUCCAUCCGCCAACUGAUCUUUUUAAUGCCAUAUUUUCAGUAUUGUAUUCUCUACAUAUUUGAUACUUAGUCCAUUUAAAGACCAUUUAAGAAAC